AUUCUAAAACUUGCAACCGUGUGCCAUUUCCGGUUCUAGAAAAGGGCUAACACGUGAAAAUCAACAUGCCUAAAACAUCCGAUAAGAAGUUGUCAUACGAAAAGGACAUUCCUUCAAAUCCUAAAGAUUGGAAGAAAUGGAAGGAAGAGAGGAAACGACAGAAAAGAAAAUGGAAAGAAGAAGCAUUAAUUAAAAAGUUAGAGAAGGAACAAGAAAGAAAGAAAAAUGAAGAGGAACAGAAAAACAUGGCUAUUGAAGAAGAGAAAGUGAAAGAAAGAUUAGGAAUCCAGCAAACAGUUUCCAUAGCGCUGCCUGGAUCAAUCUUAGACAAUGCCCAGUCUCCGGAGCUCCGUACCUAUCUAGCAGGACAGAUUGGUAGAUCUGCCGUCAUAUUUAACGUGGAUGAGAUAAUAAUUUUUGAUGAGACAGGAUCUACCAACAGGUCUGUAGAAGGCCAGUAUGAUGGAGUCGGUAAGAAAGGACAAGCCAAUGUGCAGCUAGCGAGAAUCCUGCAGUACCUGGAAUGUCCACAGUACCUACGGAAAUCCUUCUUCCCCCAGCACAAGGAUCUUCAAUAUGCUGGUUUACUUAAUCCUUUGGACUCCCCACAUCAUAUGAGAGCCGACCAGAAGUGUUAUUACCGGGAAGGUGUCGUCCUGAACAAGCCUGUCACCACAGGCAAAGGCUCCUACGUUAAUGUGGGCCUGCUAAAGGAAGUCCAGAUAGACAAACAGUUACAACCAGGUGUGAGAGUAACGGUUAAACUUAACGAGUUGGAGACAGAUAAAAAGAACUUAAAAGGAAAAGUGGUCGCCCCGACUCUACCUAAAGUAGAAGGAGGUCUGUAUUGGGGCUACCAGGUACGACUGGCUAGCUCUAUUGGGAAUGUCUUCACGGAAUGCCCAUAUAAGGAAGGAUACGACCUAACCGUUGGAACGUCGGAGAAAGGGGAUUGUGUGGACACUAUGGAGAAGAAACAAUACAGACAUGCCCUGGUCGUGUUCGGUGGAGUGAAGGGGUUAGAAUGUAGUCUGGAGGCUGACGAGGAGUUAGAGGAGGACGACCCGAGUGCACUAUUCCAACACUAUCUCAACACCUGUCCUCAUCAGGGCAGUGGCACCAUCCGUACAGAGGAAGCCAUACUCAUUACGAUGUCAGCCCUACGUCCAAUCUUAUCUCACGCAGACGAAGGACAGAAAACCUCUUGAUGUCAAUAAACUACAUUAACUUUU